AUGGAAUCAGAGAAACCCAUGUUCCAAGUCGAAAACUUUGACGAUGAGUUUGUCCAGAAGCUAGUCUAUGAUGCUCUCGUCUGGUGUUCCCUUCACGGGCUUGUCGUUGGUGACAAAGCUUAUCAGAAAUCAGGAACAGUUCCAGGGGUUGGGAUGACUCACGCCCCAAUUGCAUUACUACCAACUCCAUUCCCAGAGAGUUUCUUUAAGCAAGCUUGUGAAGUUGCUCCUCUCUUCAAUGAAUUGGUUGAUUGUGUCAGCUUGGAUGCCAAAUUCAUACAGGACAGUCUCUCCAGAACGAAAAAAGCCGACAUCUUUACAUCUAGACUUCUUGAUAUUCACUCCAAGAUGCUAGAAAGCAACAAGAAAGAGGACAUUCGUUUGGGUUUACACCGGUCAGAUUAUAUGCUGGAUGAAGAAACAAAAUCACUUCUUCAGAUAGAGAUGAAUACUAUUUCGUGUUCAUUUCCAGGCUUUGGUCGUCUUGUUACCGAGCUACACCAGUCGUUGCUUAGAUCUCAUGGGGAUCAUCUUGGGCUAGACUCUGAACGUGUACCCAAAAACACAUCCACUAGCCAAUUUGCUGACGCAAUGGCUAAAGCUUGGUUGGAGUACAACAACCCAAGAGCGGUAGUCAUGGUGGUUGUGCAGCCAGAUGAACGCAACAUGUACGAUCAGCAUUGGCUAAGCAGCGUAUUGAGAGAAAAAUAUCCACUUUUUAUAAUGAAGAGUUUAGCACAAGUCGAAAAAGAAGGGAGUGUACAAGAGGAUGGAACCCUUAUUGUUGAUGGCCAAGCAGUCUCGGUGGUUUAUUACAGAUCAGGUUAUACUCCCAGAGAUUAUCCAUCUGAAUUAGAAUGGGAUGCUAGGUUGCUUAUAGAGCAGUCCUCAGCUGUCAAAUGCCCGUCUAUAGCUUAUCAUUUAGCUGGCACCAAGAAAAUCCAGCAAGAACUCGCAAAACCAGGUGUUCUCGAGAGGUUUAUGGAUAACAAAGAUGACGUUGCUAAGCUGAGGAAAUGCUUUGCUGGACUUUGGAGCUUGGACGAUCCAGAAAUCAUCAAGAAAGCAAUCGAAAAGCCUGAGUUGUUCGUUAUGAAGCCUCAGAGAGAAGGAGGAGGUAACAACAUCUAUGGAGAUGAUGUGAGGGAAAAUCUACUGAGGUUCCAGAAAGAAGGAGAGGAAGAAAACGCUGCGUAUAUCCUAAUGCAGAGGAUAUUCCCAAAAGUCUCAAACGUCUUCUUGGUGCGAGAAGGCGUUUACCAUAAAGAUCAAGCUAUAUCAGAACUUGGAAUCUAUGGCGCUUACCUCAGGAACAAGGAGAAAGUAAUAAUAAAUGAGCAGAGCGGUUAUCUGAUGCGCACAAAGGUCUCUUCAUCAGAUGAAGGCGGUGUUGCUGCUGGUUUUGCUGUCUUGGACAGCAUUUAUUUGAAUUGA